AUGGAGGAAAAAGAUCCUAUUAGUCAUGACCACGGUAGUGCAAGUUCAGGUGAUGUCAAGAAAGUCAUAGAUCUCUAUAAUCGGGGAGAAGAAGCCAUAGAGUACCUCAACCUAUAUCUUAAAAAAGCUAAAGAAGUAGGAGACAAGCAUGAGGAGGGUAACGCUUAUGGCAGUCUUGGCAAUGCUUAUGGCCGUCUGGGUGAUUUCAAAAAAGCCAUAGAGUACCACAACCUACAUCUUAAAAUAGCUAAAGAAGUAGGAGACAAGCAUGGGGAGGGUGGUGCUUAUGGCAAUCUUGGCAAUGCUUAUUUUAGUCUGGGUGAUUUCAAAAAAGCCAUAGAGUACCACAACCUACAUCUUAAAAUAGCUAAAGAAGUAGGAGACAAGCAUGGGGAGGGUAAAGCUUAUGGCAAUCUUGGCAAUGCUUAUCACAUUCUGGGUGAUUUAAAAAAAGCCAUAGAGUACCACAACCUACAUCUUAAAAUAGCUAAAGAAGUAGGAGACAAGCAUAGGGAGGGUAAAGCUUAUGGCAAUCUUGGCACUGCUUAUCACAUUCUGGGUGAUUUAAAAAAAGCCAUAGAGUACCACAGCCUACAUCUUAAAAUAGCUAAAGAAGUAGGAGACAAGCAUGGGGAGGGUAACGCUUAUGGCAAUCUUGGCAAUGCUUAUCACAGUCUGGGUGAUUUCAAAAAAGCCAUAGAGUACCACAACCUACAUCUUAAAAUAGCUAAAGAAGUAGGAGACAAGCAUGGGGAGGGUAACGCUUAUGGCAAUCUUGGCACUGCUUAUGACAUUCUGGGUGAUUUCAAAAAAGCCCUAGAGUACCUCAGCCUACAUCUUAAAAUAGCUAAAGAAUUAGGAGACAAGCAUGGGGAGGGUAAAGCUUAUGGCAAUCUUGGCACUGCUUAUUUUAGUCUGGGUGAUUUCAAAAAAGCCAUAGAGUACCACAGCUUACAUCUUAAAAUAGCUAAAGAAGUAGGAGACAAGCAUGGGGAGGGUGUUGCUCAUGGCAAUCUUGGCAAUGCUUAUUUUAGUCUGGGUGAUUUCAAAAAAGCCAUAGAGUACCACAACCUACAUCUUAAAAUAGUUAAAGAAGUAGGAGACAAGCAUGGGGAGGGUGGUGCUUAUGGCAAUCUUGGCAAUGCUUAUCGCAGUCUGGGUUAUUUCAAAAAAGCCAUAGAGUACCACAACCUACAUCUUAAAAUAGCUAAAGAAGUAGGAGACAAGCGUGGGGAGGGUAACGCUUAUGGAAAUCUUGGCACUGUUUAUGAAAGGCUGGGUGAUUUCAAAAAAGCCAUAGAGUACCACAGCUUACAUCUUAAAAUAGCGAAAGAAGUAGGAGACAAGCAUGGGGAGGGUGUUGCUCAUGGCAAUCUUGGCAAUGCUUAUUUUAGUCUGGGUGAUUUCAAAAAAGCCAUAGAGUACCACAACCUACAUCUUAAAAUAGUUAAAGAAGUAGGAGACAAGCAUGGGGAGGGUGGUGUUUAUGAAAGGCUGGGUGAUUUCAAAAAAGCCAUAGAGUACCACAGCUUACAUCUUAAAAUAGCGAAAGAAGUAGGAGACAAGCGCGGGGAGGGUAACGCUUAUGGCAAUCUUGGCAAUAUGUAUCGAACUCUGGGAUAUUUGAUAAAGGCCAACAAUUAUUACCAGCUAAUGCUUAAAAUUGCUAAAGAAGUAGGAGACAAAUCCUUAGAGGCCAAGGCCUACUAUUCAGUAGAUGUGUUUUUGAGUCGCUUGGUAGACUGCCUAAAGCUGUUGUUUAUUAUCAAGCUAGCAUAAACUUAUACAAUUUCUUAAGAGUACUUCUAAAAUCUAAAGAUGAGUGGAAAGUUCAUUUUCGAAAUCAGUAUCAGAUGGCGUAUACGGAUUUGUGUAGAGUUCUCGUAGAACAAGGUAAUAUAGAUCAAGCCUUACUUGCUGCUGAGCAAGGACGAGCUCAAGCUCUGACCGACCUUAUGGAAUCCAGUUUUUGUGGUGAAGCAAGUCAGCACAAAGGCGAUGAAGAUUUAGCAGUUUAUGAAAACGUUCCAUCAAACACUGUCUUUCAGGCAGUGGACAAAGCUAACGUCAAUCUUUGGGUUGUGUCCGAAGGAAAACAAGUUCAGUUAAGACAAAGUAAACUCAAUGGUUCUGUUUCAGAGAAAAAAAAGCUAGCCAGUCCCUCGAGGCGUUCGUGCUUGGUGCUCGCUUUAAUGUGCGAUGCGAGAAUCCAUUUUGGAUGCUUUGAGCACUUUGUAUGA